AUGAUGACUUUAUCUAUAGUAACCCUAAUUAUCUGUUUGAUGUAUUCAACAGCCAAUAAUUUAAAUGAUUCAAUUCGGUGUUAUGCUAAUUGUACAAUCUCUCAGUCAUUUGAUGAACAAUUAUCAUUAGAUAAUAAGUGUACGGAACAUAUUCAUAGUGAAAAUUGUUAUGCUGAAAUGAUAUUCAAUUAUAAAGAACGACAAGUUCAAAUUGUUUUUGGAAAGUAUUAUACAGGCCAAUCGAAUAGUAAUGCUGCGGACACGAAUAAUCAAUAUAAUAUGAUAAAAACGACCACGAUGGAUUUGACUCGUGAUAAUAAAAUGACCAAAAUUCGUCUCAUUUAUACGUGCAAGAAAAACGCUCAGUGUGAUAAAGAAUAUGUAGAAAAAGUAUAUGAUGAGUAUAUUCUUAUGAAAACUGAUAUUCUAGAAGACGAAUUAGCCUCGUUACUGUUCGAUGAUGAAUUUAGUUCAACAACAAAUAGUUUAACUUGUCGUGAUAAUAGUCAAUGUUACAAUCAUACUUUAUGUGUCAUUCAUUAUCAUAUACCAUUGUAUAAAAAGUAUCCAUCAGACUCAUUUUGUGAACCGUCAUACAAACGUAAUCAAUCCGUUAUCAUUAUUGAAACUAUUGAAGGAACAACACAUUCACCAACACGCAUCCAUAAAUGUAAUACGAAUAACUGUCUUGCAGAAAAUUAUAUCAACCAAAUAGAUGAAAUAUUUGAAAAAAAUCCAAUUAUUAAAUCGGUGACUACAGUAGAAACGAUAACCUCAAGGAUCGUGUCAGGAAAUGAAUAG